UGUCAAUAAUGAGACUAAAGCAGAUAAACAAAGUACUUUUUAUAUGUUGCUUGGUGUUACUAGUAACAAUACUAAUAAAAAAAAAAUUUAAAGUUUGUGACGUAGUUCCUGUGUUAAAAAUAUCUCACGAAGAUCCAUCCACACGUAUCAUAGAGUGCAACGACCAAAUACUCAAACCGUCGAUAAAACAAAGAGGUGCGUUUUGGGUACUUUACAACUACGUUAGGGCUAGGAGGAAUUUCAGAUGUGACGAAAGCAUAACACUAACAGCCCCUGCGGACUUUAGGUUCUUGGACAACGUAGCACCAUUGGUGCAACGUUGGCAGGGACCUAUCAGCAUAGCUUUACACGCUCCUGGUUUUGACUUAUCCAUAACCUUGAAGUCCAUCGCUUAUUUAAGAAAAUGCACGAAUCCUGACGUAAGUGAGUACGUUACUUUUCACAUCUUCUUCGAACAAGACCAGAUUUACAACACGAGCAAAGCCUUGAAAGAUUUGUAUGUUGAUGAGUACGACUGCUUCAAAGGCGCACCCUUUUACAAUUACAAUAGUUCAAAGAUGUACAAAACUAAACAUGAACUUUUGUACCCGCUUAAUGUUGCUAGGAACAUUGCCAGAGAUUCAGCCCAAACUCACUUCGUGUUCCCUUCAGAUAUCGAAUUGUUCCCGUCACCGAAUUUCAUAGACAAAUUUCUGGGUAUGGUACGUCAAAACCCGGAUUUAUUUGCGGACGAUCAAAAAAACGUCUUCGUUCUGCCUGUGUUUGAGGUAGCGUCGAACGUAAAAGUACCUACCUCGAAAACGGAAUUGCAGACAAUGUUGAGUAACGGGAGUGCAAUCAUUUUCCAUAAGAGUAUGUGUGCUCAUUGUCACACCGUUAUCGGUAGUGAUAUGUGGAUCAAAACUAAAGAAACCCCCGGAUUGGGCGUCCUAACGAAGGGCUAUCGAGAAGGUAAACAAAAACAUUGGGAGCCCUUUUUCGUACAAACUCACAAGGAGCCACUUUUUGAUGAGCGCAUCCCUUGGGAAGGAUCAGGCGAUAGAAUGGAUCAAGUUUACUCUCUGUGUCUGAUGAAGUAUAAUUUUAAUAUCCUGGAUAAUGCCUUUUUGGUUCAUAAACCCGGAAUUAAGGCUCAGGGAUCUGGUAACGCGAAACUUCAAAAAUAUUAUGACGUUUGGGAAAGAAGUUCAAAUUUGCUCUUGGGCAAUAUCACUCACGAACUUAAGAGUUUAUAUGGGGAAAAUGAGAAUUGUGAAAUCAUAAAAAAGAUUAAGGUUAAAAGAAAAAAAUCGAAAAAACCGUGAAUGAGUUAUUUAUUUUUGUAAAUCAUUAUAUAUUUCAUGAUUUAAUGCGAAAUGAUCAUUUUGUUACAUAUUUAAUUUAUAAUACAUUAAAAUAUUUAAAAGCAAAUUAAAUUUAUUUAACUAU